UGGACUCAAAUUAUUAAGGAUUUAAUAAAAAUUGGAGGAGGAUUUCUCAACGGUUGAUACGUAAUAGGAUCUCAUUACAAUGAAACUGACCGUAGUAGUCACCAAAACCAUCCCAGGUGGCAGGUGGAGCCCAUAAAUACCCCUGAAAGUAAUAAAACAUAUACAUGCAAAAAAAAAAGAAUAAAACUCCCCAAGUGGGACCCACCAGAUUAAGGAUAAAAACAAAAGGUGGGGCCCAGAGAUAGGCCCCAUCAUCACCUACGCUCUCCAAAUGUGGCAAAGGAAUCAAUCAUGCAAGCACACUCGAAAUAGAAUGCAGAGGCCAUGCAAACUUGCCGUUUCCACUCUCAAAAACGCCUGCCUUUUUAUCUUCCCAAUCUCUAAUUUUAGCAAUCCUUUCUUUUUCCAAGUCUUUUCCCAAUUAAGCUCUUCCAAUCCUCUUAAUAAACAAAGCAAAAUUUAAAACCAAUGGAAAAAGUUGUUGGUCUUUUGUUCUAAACAUUGAAUUAAAAGGACCAUAUUCUUGCUGUUUUUCUGGGUUUCGAGAAGAGCAGAUAAGAAAAAAUGGGUAGGGGGAAAAUAGAGAUAAAGAGAAUUGAGAAUGCUAAUAGCAGGCAAGUCACAUUCUCCAAGAGGCGUGCUGGUUUGCUCAAGAAGGCUAGGGAACUUUCCAUUCUCUGUGAUGCUGAGGUUGCUGUCAUCAUUUUCUCCAAUACUGGCAAGCUCUUUGAGUUUUCCAGCUCUGGCAUGAAGAAAACAAUUUCUAGAUACAACAAGUGUUCUCAAGGUUCUUCAGAGAUUGCUCAAGUGGAAAAUAAAGUAGAGAAGCAAGACUCUAAGGAGGCAGAUAAUCUGAAGGAUGAAAUUGCAAAGCUACAAAUGAAACAGUCUUUUUAUAGACAGCUGUUGGGUAAGAACUUGAUUAGCAUGAGCAUGAAAGAGCUUCAGCUUCUGGAGCAGCAGCUUAAUGAAGGGUUGUUAUCUGUAAAGGAGAAGAAGGAACAAUUGCUCAUGGAACAACUAGAGCAAUCAAGAUUACAGGUUGAGGAGCUACGAGGUUUCUUUCCGUUAACUGAUCGCCCAGUCCAAUCCUAUCUGGAAUGCUAUCCUGUUGAAAGGAAGAAUUCUCUUAUGAGCCAUAGCAUUCCCAGUACAGAUGUGACCUGUAAUUGCACUGUUGAAAAGGGAGAUUCAGACACUGCCUUGUAUUUGGGGUUGCCAAGUAAUCAUCACAAGAGAAAGAAACCUGAAAGAGAAACCAAUUCCAAUGACUCGGAGAGCCAAUUGGGGCUGAUGUGAUUCUUCCCCUCAUGGUGUUCGAUUUGCCUUUAAUGGGGAUGACAGAACUGAGACAUGGUACAGUUGAGUAUAGUUUGGUAGUUUAUUAAAGCAACAGUUUUCCAAAUCGAAGAAGUCAACACAGUGAAGGUAUAGAUGUUUCUUUUCAGGAGGAAGACUAAGUUUUCAGGUGAUGAAUAUAGUUUAGUUGUAAGAGUUAUUGGAAAAAAGGGUGAGGGUAUUCCAAAAAAUAGGCUUUCCUUUAUUUGUUUUUCUUUUUGUAUCACAAUGGUCCUAUUUUGCUUUCCAUUGCAACUUUCUAUACUAAUUGAAUUAGUGAGGUUGCACUUCAUGUUUCAUUUGGUGGCUGACAGAAAAUUUGUUUUUGGCAUCCUUUUUCCUUCUGCUUUUUUCAGAAUUCUUAAUUUUCCUUGGUAACCUGCAACUUUAGCAAGUAAAAGUUGCUGCUUGAUAGUUCAUGGGUUUUCAAAAAACUCCUGGUUUAUUGCAGGCUGAAAGUAUUCAUUGCAUGACAUCAAUUUAUUCGCUGGUCCAAAACCGAGAAACCUAGAUUCUAUCAUCUGUUCUAACAUGAAAAAAGU